AUUUAAUUCACCGAGUACAUCUGAGAGGAUCUUUCAUGGUGACACGAGCUGCAUGGAAUCAUAUGAAAAGCCAGAAGUUUGGAAGAAUUAUUAUGACAUCAUCUGCAGCUGGGAUAUAUGGCAACUUUGGUCAAGCAAACUAUAGUGCAGCAAAACUAGGGCUUUUAGGCCUUUCUAACACAUUGGCCAUUGAAGGAAAGAAGUACAACAUCCACUGCAACACUAUUGCACCGACUGCAGGAUCCAGACUGACACAGACUGUCAUGCCCCCAGAUCUGUUGGAGUCCCUUAAAGCAGAGUAUAUAGCUCCUCUUGUUCUGUGGUUGUGCCAUGAAAGCUGUGAGGAAAAUGGUAGCUUGUUUGAGGCAGGUGCAGGCUGGAUUGGUAAAUUGCGCUGGGAGAGAACACAGGGUGCCAUUGCAAGGCACAAGAACCAGGAAAUGACUCCUGAGGCAGUGCGAGAUAAUUGGGAGGCGGUCUGUGAUUUAAAAAAUGCAAACAAACCCCAAGAUAUCCCAGAGUCAAUAGCUACUCUGGUUGAUGUGCUUUCGAGAGUUGACACUGAAAACCUUUCAGCUAAUCAUACUAGCGCCAUUGCGUCCACCAGCACCACAGGCAUUGAUCCAGCCCAGGCAGUCGGUCAAAAGUUACCGGAGAUGGUCUUCACCUAUUCACAAACUCAGUGUAUUCUAUAUGCCCUUGGAGUUGGCAUGUCAACCAAAGACCCAGAUCACAUGAAGUUUCUUUUUGAAGGGCAUGAAGAAUUUAGCUGCUUGCCUACUUUUGGAGUCAUUCCGUGCCAGGCCUCCAUGAUGGAUGGUGGGCUAGCUGCUGUACCUGGAUUAAAUUUUGAUUUUACCAGGCUUUUGCAUGGGGAGCAAUACCUGGAGCUGUAUAAACUGUUACCAACUUCAGGCAAACUGACAUCUCAAGCUGCGAUUUCAGAUGUGCUAGAUAAGGGCUCUGGAGCUGUCAUACUCUUAGAUGUACACACAUACGAUGAGAAGGACCUGCUGUGCUACAGUCAGUUCUCCUUGUUUGUAGUGGGGGCUGGAGGAUUUGGAGGAAAGAGGACAUCAGAAAAAGCAAAGGGCACGGUAAAUCCACCGAACAGACCACCAGAUGCUGUGAUGACUGAUGAGACAAGCAGGGAUCAGGCUGCUUUAUAUCGGCUCAGCGGGGAUUGGAACCCCCUGCACAUUGAUCCCAGUUUUGCAGCAAUGGGAGGGUUCAAAAAGCCUAUAUUGCAUGGGCUGUGUUCCUUUGGAUUUGCUGCUAGACAUGUUUUGAAGCAAUAUGCAGACAAUGAUAUACUACAAUUCAAGGCAAUUAAGGUACGCUUUGUAAAACCAGUCAUUCCAGGACAAUCACUGCAGACUGAAAUGUGGAAAGAAGGAAACAGAAUCCACAUUCAAACAAAAGUUAAAGAGACUGGAGAUGUUGUUUUAGCAGGAGCAUAUGUAGAUCUGAAAGGCACUCUGGAUAAAACUGCAGCUAAGGAACCAUUUGCUAGGGGUCUCCAGAGUGACCUUGUCUUUGCAGAGAUUGGCCGCCGCAUUAAAGGUGUUGGUAAAGAUUUGGUAAAGACAGUCAAUGCUGUCUUUGAAUGGGAAAUCACGAAAGAUGGAAAUAAUGCAGCACAGUGGAAACAUAAUGCCAUGUAUUCCUUUGGUAGCUAUCGAUCUGAAGAAGCUGAAGAAGAAGCUGAUUUUACUUUUAGCCUUUCCGAUGAAGAUUUCAUGGAAGUUGUUCUGGGCAAGCUCAAUCCGCAGAAGGCAUUCUUUGCAGGAAAGUUGAAAGUGAAAGGUAAUAUAAUGCUGAGCCAAAAACUGGAGACCAUCUUGAAAGACUAUGCAAAACUGUGAGACUACAUUGUGACCACUGCUUACGGAUGCUAGCAAAAAACUCACCUGCCUUUUGUUUUCUUGAAUGAAACAAGUCAGAUGGGUUUGUGUUUAUACUUGUUAAAUGCACUGUAACCAACCAGGAUGAUCAGCUUGACUAACCGUUUCAGAAAGGACAGCAUUACUUUCCUUUUGUUAUUGUAAACCUUUAAUUGAAAAUGUCAUAACUGUAAAUAAAGGCCCUCAUAAACAAAAAGGUUUAGGUCUGAUAAUCUACAAUUGUGAGUGAAUUUAAAGAUUGAAUAUACAGUAUUACUUCAAUUUGGCCCAACCCUCGUAUUAAAGACGCCCUCAUAUUGAUG